UUUCGCUUCUUGCACUGUUUGAAGGUUUCGUUCUUGCAAAUCAUCAAAUCUUUGAUGCACUUUUGUUGUACCUACAUACUUAAUUAAUAGAAAACUGGUAUUAUUUUACAAAUUUCAAUUCGCACUCCAUUUUGCCUCAUUUGCGAUAUGGUGACCUCAUCUUGGGAUUCGCCGCAUGAAAAUCUUCUUCAUGAUCAAAUUAUUUUUAGAAAGUGAUCUUAUACUCAAAUGCCUAUUCUUAAUUUUAAUCAAUGAAGGUAUAUAUUUUACGUGAAAUCAAUUGUAUGUGUAUAGUUCUACUUGAACAAGUACAUUCACCUUUGAUUGUUUUCAAAUUACAUAUGACAUUGCCUCUUGAAAGUAAUAUAUUUCCGAUUGGGUGAAUGCAAUAAACAUUAACCCGGAUCUUAUCGAAUUGCACUAGGAUUCUAGGGAGGACAAAUAUUUCGACCUAUUCUAUUAUUUUGCUGCCAUAAUUCAUAGAUUGAAAUAAAAAAAAUUGAUAUGAUUGAAAGCAUCACACUACUAUACGUUUAUUUUUCAAAGUUAGUGGGCGAAUGGGGUCAUUUUGCUCAUUCCGUUACUGUUCUUUAAAUCUUUAAAGAGAUUAAGGACCCAUUGAUUUUACUUUUCCGUGCCGCUUUAAUUAUUUCAACUAAUAAAAGUUUCCCUUCAAACAAUCGGAAAAUAAUUAGUUUACAACAAUUAAAUCUUUACGCUUUGCCAAUCCCUUUUUUGCCGAAAGAAAGGAUUACCAGAAUGUUGAUUUUGAGCUAUAAGCGGAGGUUUGCCCAAAUAUAGUAUUUGGGGACAUUAUAUACUGUCCUUUCAGAUAUCCCAAAAGGAAAAACCUUGUGGAACCGGUCUCUCCAACUUUAUUCACUUUUCUAUUUCCCUAAUGUAACCCUAAGAUGGUCAGCAAAACGUUGGUUUUGAGUCUAUAGGAUUUUCCCAUACAAAUAGUAAAAGCCACUCAGUGGCAUAGGACGUAGCGGUUUCAAAAAAUUAGAAACGAAAUCGUGAACAUUUUGUUACUCGUUCAAGGUGAAAGAAUUGGCGAGCAUUUUUGCCAUCUCUAAGGGAGUGAUCCAUUUUGUCUAUGCGCGGCCCCCACUUCAAAAUUUACCCCCCGGAUUAAAAUCAAGAAAAUUAAUAAUUUUGCACGGUACCUAUCUAAAAUGUUAAAACAUUUUCUCAAUUUCUACAGAUCCUAAUGUCAACUUUUGUUGACAAACCUCUGUCGCUAAUAGAAAAGAAGAAGCAACAGUGGGCACGCGAAAAAGAAGAAUUGGCAGGAUUAGCGCUACCUUGGAACUGUACUUUUAAAAGCAUUGACGAGGAUUCAAGAACGAGAAAUAUAAGAAAGGUGGAUUCUGCAGCAACAAAUGCAUUUAUUCGACGCGAAUCGAUUUCGAGUAGGAGACAAAGUUUACCGCCAAUUACCGAUAAAACGGGAACACACAACUUUAGCUCGAAUGAAAAAUUUGAAAAAGAAAUGGGAGGAGAAACCUCCGGGUACGGAAGCGAUAGCGCUAACCACGUUCCCGAAUAUUUGCAAGCAAGUUGGAAUCAAAACCUAGGGUAUGAGUCUUCUUCGAGUGCUCGAGAUGAUAGAGCGAAGUGGGGCGAUCGAGGAGUCGGUAUUGGAAGGUUUUGGGAUCCCCACGAAAUAAAGUACAGUCCAGAGAUGAGAGACGCUCCUGGUUGGGUGAAGAGAGGUCUGCAAGGUGAUACUGAAUUGGUAGUAUCGAAUUCCUCCCCUGCUGAAUCGCCUGAGCAAGAUUAUGGAGAGCAACGUCCAUAUACCAGCUCCUCCGUGUCCCAAACUCGAACGUACAUCAGAGGCCAAAAUAAUCCAGUCGAUCCUAUCGAGUUAGCGGAAAGAGAGAAAAGGCGCCAGUUGGCUAAAGCUCACCAGGAGGCCAUUAAACAACAAUUAGAAGAAAGGGAAGCGCGGCGACAGCUUGAAAGGGAGCGGCGCAUUAUUGAAGAACGCGAGGAGGAGUUACGCAUUGAACGUGACAAGGAGAUUGAGCGUAAACGCAGAGAGUAUGAAAAUCAAAUUAUAUUAGAGAAACACGAGCGGGAAAGGAAGCGAAAGGAAGCGCUCGAGGAGGCAAUACACAUUGCAGAAAAGGAAGCGCAAGAGCAGAAGAGAAAGCAGAAGAUGUUGAGGCAGCUGGAUUUGAACAUUAGUGAGAAUGUCAUCGAAAAGGAGAAAGUGCCAUCUCGACCCAUUUCGAAUUAUAACAGUCAUAAAGCACAAAAUAAUCUCGUAGACAUAAAAGAAGAUCCCGCACUCGAGGAGAGUACCAGGGUGCACAAUGACACACAAAUGAAUAACGCAAAGUCACCACCACUUAAAGAAACUAACAUUAAUCGCACUCAACAAGGACCACCAAUCGAACAAGUGUCACCUACACAUACAAUAACGCAACCUCCGUCUACUCAAGACAACGUAACCAUGGUGCUUCAAACUCCUUUUGAAGGAUACUCCAUGCCUUUUGCUAUACUCAUGCCAACUUUUACACCAGGACCAAUAACCCCACUGCCAGUGGCUACAUCGGUACAGACUACCGAAACUCCAAGACCUCGAACUGAAAAUAGGACUUUAACCCCAUCUUUAUACAGAAAUAAAAAUUUGUGUGAUAGCAGUACUCAAACUGACUACCCGUCAAAACUCCCAUCGGACCAGACUAAAGAAAUAAAGUAUAUUCGAGAAAAGCUAGUAAAUCUAGACGUGAGCUACGAUAAGCAACCAAAAGAAGACAGAAAUAAGAAUAGCGAACGACAACGCGAAAGUCACACGGACAGACCUAAAUGGGGCGCAAAUCGACCUCCGACCCGUUACUUAAAACAAAGCGAAAAAGAUCCCUUCUACCACCGGAAAAAAGUUCGCCAAAAAAUACGACAGGUCAAAAUUUACGAUGACAAAAACAACAAUUACUCCCCCCAUUCGAGCGACGAUAGCCAAACCGGCUCCCCUCGAUCCUACAGGACAAAGGGAUACAUAGAAAAGAGGCGUACGCGAGCGCUGUGGCAGAAAAACGGGCAGAUGUUUUCGAGAAACUUUCGCGUUUAUCAAACGGAGAUCGUGCCACUCGAAUCGGAUAAAGAUCACAUUUACUACAAGAAGUCAGACUGUAUCAAGUGUUGCUGUAACUGCAGAUCCCAAAAACAUAAAUACGGCGACGAAAUCAAAAUGGUUGACAUCUUGAAGAUAGAGGAUUCUCCCAGGGAAGUAGGGAACGACAGUUGCCUACCCGACUGCCCAUCGUCAAUUAUUGACAACGAAGUGUUAGAGAAAUUGAAUUCGCUGCACAACGGAUUGAUUAUGAAACAAGAGCUGUGGCAACAUUCACCUCGUACCACAAGCUACUCGUCCCCAUCAAGAACCAACGAAAUUAGUUAAUAAGAUUUUUUUAUAACAAUUA